CUUUAUCUUCUUGGAAGCAUUUGGAAGUAUUUUCAUCAGAACCGUUGUUAAGGAAUUUAGGCCACAAAUGGGAAACACUCAAGUAGAAGUGGAACUGCAGUUCAACGAUUCGGUAUCGACAGAUCAAAUCCCAGGAGAUGAUGUGGUGGUAGACACAUUGGUACAGGCUGUGACUAGUCCCAACACUUUCAACCCAACUAUUGAUCCAGACUCAAUAGCAGUCAUUACCAAAAAACCAACAACAACCACCCACAGGCCCACAACUCAAGGACUAAAAACCACCCAGAUUCAAACAACCACCCAACUACUAACAACUCAUAGAAUCAUUAGCCAGGGUCCAAUAAGCCAUGGACCAUCAACCUCCCAGGUUCCCACAUCUACUGAACUAAAUACUACCCAGGUUCACACAACCCAUGGACCUACAAACACCCACAUUCCAAGAACCAAUGGACCAACAUCCACAAAGGUGGCCAUAACCGAUGGACCAACAACCACAAAGGUUGCCAUAACCGAUGGACCAACAACCACAAAGGUUGCCAUAACGGAUGGACCAACUAGUACCCAAGUAUUCGAAACUCAUGGACCAACAAACACUAAUGGACAAAAGACCACUAAUGGACCAACAACUUCAGUCACCUCAGUCCUUUCACCAGUUGUGUUUCUCCAAGCAACUGUGGAGAAACCUUUUGUGGAAGAAUUGAAUGAUCCCAGCAGUGAACAAUACCAAACUCUUCAAACACAAGUUGUAUCAAUGUGUGACUUUAUCUUCUUGGAAGCAUUUGGAAGUAUUUUCAUCAGAACCGUCGUUAAGGAAUUUAGGCCACAAAUGGGAAACACUCAAGUAGAAGUGGAACUGCAGUUCAACGAUUCGGUAUCAACAGAUCAAAUCCCAGAAGCGGAUGCGGUGGUAGACACGUUGGUAAAGGCUGUGACUAGUCCCAACAACACUUUCAACCUAACUAUUGAUCCAGACUCAAUAGCAGUCAUUCCCAAAAAGCCAACAACAACCACCCACGGCCCAAUGACAACCCACAGGCCCACAACUCAAGGACUAAAAACCACCCAGAUUCAAACAACCACCGAACUACGAACAACUCAUAGAAUCAUUAGCCGGGGUCCAAUAAGCCAUGGACCAUCAACCUCCCAGGUUCCCACAUCUACUGAACUAAAUACUACCCAGGUUCACACAACCCAUGGACCUACAAACACCCACAUUCCAAGAACCAAUGGACCAACAACCACAAAGGUUGCCAUAACCGAUGGACCAACAUCCACAAAGGUUGCCAUAACCGAUGGACCAACAUCCACAAAGGUUGCCAUAACCGAUGGACCAACAUCCACAAAGGUUGCCAUAACCGAUGGACCAACAACCACAAAGGUUGCCAUAACCGAUGGACCAACUAGUAACCAAGUAUUCGAAACUCAUGGACCAACAAACACUAAUGGACAAAAGACAACAACAACAACAACAACUUCAGUCACCUCAGUCCUUUCACCAGUUGUGUUUCUCCAAGCAACUGUGGAGGAACCUUUUGUGGAAGAAUUUAAUGAUCCCAGCAGUGAACAAUACCAAACUCUUCAAACACAAGUGGUAUCAAUGUGUGACUUCAUCUUCUUGGAAGCAUUUGGAAGUAUUUUCAUCAGAACCAUUGUUAAAGCAUUCAGGCCACAAAUGGGAAAUACUCAAGUAGAAGUGGAAUUACAAUUCAACAAUUCAGUAUCGAGUGAUGUUGUGGUAGACACGAUGGUAAAGGCUGUGACUAGUCCCGACAACACAUUCACCCUCACUAUUGAUCCAGACUCAAUAGCAGUCAUUUCCAAAAAACCAACAACCACCCAUGGCCCAAUGACCACCCCCAUAACCGCUCAGGUGCACUCAACUCAUGGACCAACAGCAACCAGCCAAGUAUCUCCAACUCAUGGGCCAACAACGUCUCCACCACCAGUCGUCAUUCUUUCUGCGACUUUGGAGGAACCUUUUGUAGAAGAAUUCAAUGAUGUCAAUAGUGAACAGUACAAAGCUCUUGAAACACAAGUUGUAACAACGUGUGACAUCAUCUAUAGGGCAAGAUUUGGUUUCAUCUUCAUCCGCACCUAUGUCAUCCAAAUCAUCCGAGCAGUGGUCAUCACGCGAAUGGACAACACGCGAGUGGAUGUGGGACUGGAGUUUGUGGACACGGCGUCAACCCCGCAGGAUGACCUCGUCGUUUCCACUUUGCAGGAAACACUCAGUCAACCCAACAACACGUUCAACAUCAGCAUCGUUCAAAACAGCGUUCAAGUCUUACAAUCUCCACAUAAAGCGAAUUCAACAACGGCAAAGCCUGCUUCUACGACCAAAAAGGCGCCAUCAACGCCAUUGCAGCUAACAAUACGGACGUUGAGGUUUACGUCAGUGGGCGAGACAUUCAUCAGUGACUUGCUCAAUCAGUCUUCCGUUGCGUUCAUUGCUCGAGCGCUGAUGAUGAAAACUACGCUUGAACCUUUCUACAGCAGCGCGUUUUCCUCAUUCAAUUCCCUGAGAGUUACGUCAUUCAGUAAUGGCUCAAUCAUCAACAACAUGAACUUGAGGUUUAUAUCGGGGUCGGUGCCCAACAACACCGCCAUUGGACAAGUAUUGAUCGACGCUGCGCCAAACAUCACGGCAUUUAACGUGGACGUCACAUCCAUUUUUGUGAACGGAAUGCAGCUUUCCAGUGGAACGAGCCACAAGACGAGCAUCAUCACUGCAUCCUGCCUAGCGCUGUUGUCAUGGUUACUGUCCAGCCAGCACUAGCAUCAGCACCAGAGUAUUAUGCUAAUAUAUAGAUCUAAUAUAAGCUAAUAUAUAUUUUCAUUGUAUUUAAUGUGUUAGAAUUGAACAAAUUUGCAAGCUGAGGCUCAGGGGCCAAGAUGGGUACGUGUUUUUUUUGGGGGGGGUUGCUAAUAAAAUGAAGUCUAUGUUUUGUGAUGGGUUUUGUAGUAUCUAUUAUAACAAUUUAAAACAUUAUAAAUAUAUAUAAAUGAUGAUUGAAAGUGAUAAAUAGACAUUGAAGUACUAUUGCUGUAGUACACUGCUGAUGGGAUACAACUUAAUAUUGCCGUUAUUUUCAUUGAAGACCUGGUUGUUGCGAAAGAAUCAACGUGGCAGAAACGAGUUGUUUUUUUACUUCAAUCACGUUUCUCACCUCAAGUGUCUGCUUUUUUAUGGAUCACGGCUGUAAAAUAAUAAAAUGGAGGAGAAAAAAAGACGAAAAUUGCAAAUGUCAGCAUUUUGAAAAAAUGCAAAAAAGGAAGUGAGAAACACAAUUGAAUUUAAUAAAUAACUGACUCAAAAGUGCUUCUCUGUGUCAAAAAAUUAUUUAAAAAUGACAGCUGGGAUAGGCUCCAGCAUCCACCGCGACCCUCGUGAGGAAAAAGCGGUAGAAAAAGAAUGAAUGAAUGAAUUAAUAUCUUUAGUGACUUUUAUUUUAUUUUAAUUUAUAUAAAAUGUAUUUUUGUCUGUAAUCAUUAUAUUUCAUUGUCAUUGUCAUCAUAAUUAAAAAAUGGUCAAGCA